UUAUUUUUAUAUUUGGGAUAAAUUAUCUGGUCCAUUAUGUACUGUCCAGUACUCUGCAGAGAAUGUAGAUAAAUAGCUUUUUUUUUGUUAUCACCUAUAGAUAUAGGUUGUUGAUGAGCUUGAUCUAAAUUUCAUAGGAAAACAUGAAAAUAAAGCAAUCAUCAUUUUGUUUUCGAAAAAUUCUGGUUGUUAGUGAAGUACUAUUUAGCUGUAUAUACACUGAUAGACCUCCUCUAACCUUCGUGUACACUCGAAGGGGUAAGAAAGGAAAUGCAAGUGGCUGAGUUAGUUAUGUGAGAGGGUAUUGUAUGGGGAAAGGUACAGGGCUUAUAGUGUACCGAUGAGUAUUAGAAUAAGGAGGGUGUUGAGUUAGAAAGGGGUGUGGAAAAACUAGUGAUUGUAAUCAGCUUGGGGAGAGACCCUGGUUCUCGAAUUCCAGGAGGUUGAAUACAAACAGAUUUUUUCUUCCUAUUUCUCUGUGUUUGGCCACUAUUUGAUAUGUUUUGACAGGAAGUUCCUAUCAAAUUGGUAUCAGAGCCACUGCCAUGACACCUAAGAAGGACGUGCUGCUGGAAGCUAUUGAAGAAAGGAAAUGGAUACUUUGAAGUCAGAAUUUGCAUCGAUGCAGAAGAAGAUGGACUUCCUUGUUGGCUACAUGACUCAGAUGCUUCAGGCUUCAGGACAGCCACGAACAGAGGCUACCGCUGCCAGUAACGAUCGACAGAGGAAAGCAGUUGACGCAGAGAUUUCGUCAACAUUGGUACCGCUUGCAUCUGAACCACACCGUACCCCUUAGCCACCGUUACAGUCGGGCGAUGCUGGCACUAUUCCGACAACUAUUAUGGUCGUGAUUACCAACCACCUAGUAUGGAGCUGUCGCUGUUUUCAGGAGACAACCAAGAUGGCUGGAUUUUUCGGGUGGAGCGUUACUUCUUGCUGAAUCGUUUGUCUGAAGCUCACAUGUUAGAAGCUACGAUAAUCGGUUUGGAGGGGGAUGCCUUGUCCUGGUUUCAGUGGGAAAACCAAAGGAGACCGAUUACCUCAUGGAUGACCUUGAAGACGUUACUGUUGAGGUUUCGCACAGUUCCGGUGGGAUCCACGACGGAGGAGUGGUUGUCGGUGACUCAAGACUCCACCGUGAAAGAGUACUGUGUGAGGUGGGAGGCUUUGGCAUCUCGGGUCCCUGGUGUACCCGAGCGAAUACUGGAAGGGAGCUUCGUGAAGGGUUUGAAGAAGGAGAUCAAGGGUCCCUUGCACAUUCUGCAGCCCGUGGGCCUGGCCCAGAUCAUGGAGACAGCCCAAAGAAUAGAGGAAGUCCACCAGUUAGUAGCGACGGGCCCUCACCCAAGGUUAUCUUGCCCAAAGUCGAUACCCAACCCUAUCUCAAUACCCUGUUUUCCUUUAUCGUGGGUUUCCUCCAAGUCGUCCUCCACAAUGCCAUCCGCGACACUGUAUACGGCGGCUCCACCUAGCUCCACGACGAUAAAACUGUCUACCCAGCUCAAACAGCCUCCUGUACGCCGCCUUACUGAAGCCGAAUACCAAGAUAAACGAGCAAGAGAUGUUUGUUUCAAGUGUGACAAGAAAUUUCAUAGAGGCCAUAAGUGUGAGCAGAAAUUUCUUCAAGUAAUGUUGAUGAUGGAUGAUGAGGAACCCACUCUUUCUUUUGACUCACCCCCACUUACCCCAAAUUCUUCUGAGGAGGAGGCAACUGAGGAAACAUUAGCUACACUGUCUUUGAACUCACUGGUGGGCAUCUCAUCGACGCACACCAUGAAGUUGGCUGGCAAGAUUGGACAACAACAAGUCACAGUCCUUAUUGAUAGCGGUGCAACACAUAACUUCAUUUCUACGGAGGUAGUCAAGGCUACUUAACUACCUCUUUCGGCCACAAUGUGCUACGGAGUCUUGUUGGGAAUAGGCAGCAAAGUUCAAACUGAAGGCAUUUGUUCACAGGUGAAGUUAGACUUGGGGACACUACAAGUUAUUACUGAUUUUUUGUCUUUGGAUUUGGGAGGGGCAGAUGUAAUUCUUGGAAUCAAAUGGCUAGAGACAUUGGGAAAUAUGCAGGUUGGCAGUCCAUGGUGAUGCAAUUUGAAGUAGCUGGUACUUGGAUCACUCUGCAGGGCGACCUGACACUCUGUAAAUCUCAGAUCUCCCAAAAAGUUAUGGUCAGAACAGUGCAGCAAGAGGGACAAAGGUAUUGGGUUCAUUUAAGCUCGUUAAUGGGCGACACAAAGGGUACUGAAGAGCACGUUUCAGAAGUCGUUUCUGUGGUGCUGCAACAAUACGAUUUUGUAUUUCAUAUGCUAGCGGGGUUACCACCACAACGGGCUCGGGAACACACUAUCACACUUGGAGAAGGAGCGAGGCCAAUCUCAGUUCGACCAGCUAUGCUCAGGUACUAAAGGAUGAGAUUGAGAGGUUGAUGGCAGAAAUAUUGCAAUCUGGUAUUGUGCAGCCGAGCACAAGCCCAUUUUCGAGUCCGGUUCUCUUGGUUAAGAAAAAAGAUGGGAGUUGGAGAUUCUGCAUCGAUUAUCGGGGUCUAAACUGCGAAACGGUGGCUGACAAAUUUCCCAUUUUAAUAAUAGAUGAGUUGUUGGAUGAUUUACAUUGGGCUACUAUUUUUUCGAAGUUGGAUUUGAAGUCGAGUUAUCAUAAAAUUAGAGUUUCACCAUCAGAUGUAAAGACUGCUUUUAGGACUCAUGAGGGGCACUACGAAUUUCUCAUCAUGCCAUUCGGCCUCACUAAUGCACCAGCCACUUUCCAAGCUCUCAUGAAUGAGGUAUUUCGCGAUUUUUUACACAAAUUUGUGCUCGUUUUCUUUGAUGGCAUCCUCGUGUGCAGUCCCUCAAUGGAAGCACAUACGGAACACUUGGAGUUGGUACUUAGUUGACUCCAACAACACCAGCUAUAUGCAAACAAAACAAAAUUUCUUUUUGCCCAAUCGAGAGUUGAGUAUGGUCAUAUCAUCUUGGCAGAUCAGCGGAUCCCGCUAAGCUUAAGGCAAUGGAGGAAUGGCUUAUACUGAAGUCCAUAAGGGAUUUGCGUGGAUUUCUGGGGCUCACAAGGUACUACCGGAAGUUUGUCAGAGGUUUCGGUGCUAUUGCAGGCCCUCUGAUAGACUAAUUACGCAAGGACGCGUUUGGAUGGAAUGCAGAAGCUCAAGAAGCUUUUGAGCAUCUUAAGGCAGCCAUGUGCUCGGUAUCGAUACUAGCACUUCCAGAUUUCUCUACCCCUUUUGUUUUGGAGACUGAUGCAUCGGGGACAGGUUUGGGAGUCGUGUUGAUGAAGCAGCGGCGUCCCAUUGCCUACUAUAGUCAAGUUUUAUCGCCACGGGCCCGUACUAAGUCAGUGUAUGAGAGGGAGUUGAUGGCCAUUGUGUUGGCAAUACAAAAAGUGGCGUCCUUACUUGGAAGGAAAUUCUUAGUGAGGACAGACCAAAGAAGUUUAAAAUACUUACUAGAUCAGCAACUAGUGGCAUCUGAACAUCAAAAAUGGCUCACCAAGCUUCUAGGAUAUGACUUCGAUAUCCAAUAUCGACCGGGGUUAGAAAAUAAGGUUGUUGAUGCCCUAUCACGCAUGCCUCAAGAAAGUGAGCUUGCUGCCAUAUCAGUCCCGACAGUACUUUCCAUUCCGGAUUUGAAGGCUCAUGUGUUGGCUGACCCUCAAUUGUCAAGAGGAUGUGAAAUUGGGACAAGCUAGAGAGGGGUACUCUUACAAUCAAGGGUGUUUGAAGUUCCUUGGCAGAUUGGUUUUACCAUCUUCAUCUUCAUCUCCAUUUAUCCAAUGAUAAUCCAAGAGUACCACAGUGGCAGUAUAGGGGGGCACUCAAGAGUGUUUAAGACUCUCCAAAGAUUGGCUGGUGACCUUUAUUGGCAAGGAAUGCGAAGGGAUGUUCAAAAGUGUGUUGCUGAGUGUGUCAUUUGUCAACGAAGUAAGUACUUGGCUCAAUCUCCAGAUGGAUUACUACAGCCAUUGUCGAUUCCAAGCCAAGUAUGGGAAGAUAUUUCUAUGGAUUUCAUUGAAGGUUUACCGCAAUCUAAUGGGUUUGAUUCGAUAUUUGUCGUGGUCAAUCGCCUCACCAAGUAUGAGCAUUUUAUUGCGCUGCGUCAUCCGUUUUCAGCAACCACAGUUUUUUCUCAGCUUGUUUUGGAAAGAGCUUUUCCGUCUGCAGGGCACGCAUUUGAAGCAUAGUACUUCCUACCACCCACAAUCCGAUGGACAGACGGAGGUGGUGAACCACUGCCUUGAAACUUAUUUACGUUGCUUUGUGAAUUCCAAACCAGCGCAAUGGGCAAAGUGGCUGCCUUGGGCCGAAUAUUGGUAUAACACAUCUCAUCAUUCAGCUGCAGGAAAGACGCCUUUUAAGGCAUUGUACAACCGUGAUCCGCCUCCAUUGAUUCGAUUUGAACUAGCCAGCACUAGGGUGUUGGCCGUGGAGCAAACACUUCAGUCUCGGGAUGAAGUGCUAGAAUUGCUUAAGGUCAACCUUCAGCGAGCUCAACAAAAGAUGAAGGUGCAGGCAGACCGUUAGCGAAGGAGGUAUAUUUUGAAGUGGGCGAUUUGGUUUAUGUGAAGCUUUGUCCUUAUCGGCAGUGAUCCCUUGCUAAACGAAAGAAUGAGAAGCUUGCUCCUCAAUUUUUUGGACCGUUUAUGGUGUUUGCUCUUGUUGGAUCAGCAGCUUACAAACUGCAGCUGCCAUCUAACUCAAGAAUACAUCCGGUGUUCCAUGUCUCGGUGUCAAGGGUGGCUCUUGGACCACAACAGGUGGGUACAGACCUUCCGAAGGAUUUGACCCCUGAUUUGGAAUGGAUGUAGGAGCCGGAACAGGUGCUAGAUGUUCGCCCUGGAACCCAGAAGCAGCAGCCACAAGCUUUGAUUGGGUGGGUGAAUUUACCGAUUUUUGAAGCAACUUGGCAGAAUUUUGAUGUCAUUCAGCAGCAGUUUCCUCACUUUCACCUCGUGGACAAGGUGAGACUUUGGACAAGGGUUAUUGAUAGACCUCCUCUAACCUACGUGUACACUUGGAGGGGUAAGAAAGGAAAUGCAAGUGGCUAAGAGUUAGUUAUGUGAGAGGGUAUUGUAUGGGGAAGGGUACAGGGCUUACAGUGUACCGAUGAGUGUUAGAAUAAGGAGGGUGUUGAGUUAGAAAGGGGUGUGGAAAAACUAGUGAUUGUAAUCAGCUUUGGGAAAGACCCUGGCUCCCGAAUUCCAGGAGGUCAAAUACAAACAGAUUUUUUUUUCCUAUUUCUUUGUGUUUGGCUACUAUUUGAUUUGUAUUGGCAGGAAGUUCCCAUCAUACACAUCGAUGUAUGGCCAAUAAUUCAUUUGGGAUGGAAGGUGUAUCUAUUGCUUAUAGCAAGGCAUAGUAUAAUGAAAUAGCCUAUGGAGUUUAGCACGCUUACUAUAUGAACUUAUUUUUUCCCUCUCUUUUCAGGUUCAAUUUUAACAUGUGCAUUUCUCCUACUCAUCAUUUAAAAUAUUAAGUGUGAGACUGGCCUCUAAUUAGUUACAAUAUUUUCUUUGUUUGUAACAAUGUUCACAUAUAACAAGCAGUCUAUUCAUACGUAAUCCUGACUAGAAUCAAGUUUGAAGAUUUCGUCUAUAUUUUUUUAAGUUAUUAUUUGAGCACUUUUCAAUGAUGUU